AUGCAUCAGGAUGCAAAUUAUAUUCAUGAAAUUGUUCGCAAAGUGACAUUUGUGGAAACGACUGAAGCAAAUCAAUGCGAGGUGAUGUUAAGACAGCAAAUGAACAAUGACGAGCAACUGAAAGUGAGCAACGAAGAGCCGCAGCCGUUCCAAAGCCCGACCAAAACUAUCGAUGAUCUGUAUAGAAGUAUUCAGCAAGAAAUUCGAUUUUACAAGCAAGAACACGAGACAAUCAGAGGAGAUUUAAAGCAAUUAUUACAGCGGAAAGUGGUCGGAAGUUUUGUGAACGAAACUUGCGACGGGCCGGAAAACGCUGACAAUGCCCGGGAGCAUCGAGAUCAGGAGCAGUUCAAACAGCUAUCGAAUGAAGUGAUAAACAAUCUCAAGAAUCAGCUGGAUAUCGUUUGGCAGGAAAAGAUCACUUUCGAAAGCCUCUGGAAAAGCUCUCAGAAGACAAUUCAAAUACUUGAGCUAGAAAUAGGCGAAUACCGGCGGCAGCUGAAGCAGCCGAAAAGUAUACAAGACCUGCGGCAGCAAUACACGGCGGCACUACAACUGCUGGAGCAGAAUCUGAUGACGUUGCGCUCAAAAUUGAAUCAGCAGACCGAGGAAAACAAACGCCUAAAGGCAGCCGGCACUGCCGAACAAAGUCGUUUCGAAGCUCUGGAACGCGAUUAUACCGCUCUACAGUCGGAAAACCGAAACCUGCAGGCCACCGUUGACGGGUGGCGCGAUUCCCAGACUCACCAGGCUGCCGAACUGGAGCGAGUCAUGAAGGAGAAGGCCGACCUAGAAUCGCUGCUGGAUCAAGCGAAUGCGCUCGCCCGGCAGCACAUGAGUCGGGAAAAUUUGGCACUGAUGAAGGUACAGGAAGCGCUGCUGGUUGCCGAUUCGGCAAUCGAAGAGAAAAACUCGCUGCUGCUGCGCGAGGAAGGUGUACGGGAGGAGUGUGAUUUCCUGGCGACCACCAUUGGCCAGGUCAUGGAGGAGGCUGCCCGCAAGGUAGAACUCGAAAUGAAUGCCAUAAAGGUUGGCUACGAAGGCCGUAUCGGUGCCCUCGAGAAAGAGCUGGAACAGCUGAGAAAAACGCUGGAAAUGCAAACACAGCAAACGCGGCAAGCAGAAUCGCGAGCGGCCACGCUGGAGGAUAAGUUCAAGGGCUUGAUCGUAACGAAUCAGAGCCUCGAUGCGGACCUUCAUGCUGCAUCUAAAUUAAUUAUUGAAAUGGAGCUAAAAAUGGAAGCAUUCCACAAAACAAUGAUAAAAGAGCGAGAAAUUAGCAAAACCAGUCAAACUCGAGAGCAGGAACUGAAACUUCUGCUGGAAAGCAAUGGAGAGCUACAGGAACGGUGGAAGAGCGAAAUGGUGACGCUGACUGAUGAGUUGCAGCGCAAUCUGAAGGCACUUCGACGGGAAAAUUGCAUGCUCAAGGCGGAAAACAAUCAAUUAAAGGAUCAGCUAUUGAAGGUUUAG